CGGUCAAUGCGGUACCCGGGGCCGGUUUCGUGUGUUCGACAUAAACGGCUUUGGUUUGUCUCAGCUGCUGGAGGAUGGGAGAGCAGGCCCUGACCUUCCAUGUCGUUUCGUCCGGGAAGCCUGUCACACUAACUUAUUCAGAUACCUCGUUGACUGUGAAGGGCAGUGGUAAACUUAAGGAUAUACCCUUUCAUCAACUUAUACAGGCCGACUUUCAUCCCGAUACCCUAACUCUUCAAGUCUCAUAUGUAUGGAGAAAGAAAACUAAAGGAAACCUGUCUCUAGUCCGUAUUGAAGGGACAGUGAAGGAGAGCGAAACUAGCGCCGUCAAGGAAUGGGCUGACAAUGCGUUAAAGGCAGCGUUCGAAAAUGCGGGUGUCAAACGAGGGCGUCGGGUAAAAGUCCUCGUCAACCCACACGGUGGAACUCGCAAGGGUGCUGCCAUUUUCACCAAAACUGUCGAACCUGUCCUGCGUGCAGGUGGAUGUAUGUUGGACAUACAAUACACAACACACAGUAAUCACGCCUAUGAAAUUUCCAAGGUGCUUCCGCUGGAAUAUGAUGCUAUUAUCACAGUCUCUGGGGAUGGUCUGAUCCAUGAAGUCAUGAAUGGCUUUGCUCAUCAUGAAUAUCCUAUGAAAGCAUUUUCUAUCCCAAUUGCGCCUAUUCCUACUGGUAGCGGAAACGGUCUUUCUGUAAACAUCCUUGGCCUGGCGGAUGGUUUCGAUGUGGUAGCUGCAGCCUUGAAUGUAAUCAAAGGUCUCCCGAUGAAGGUCGAUGUGUUUUCCUUCGUACAGAACGGGAAGCGUUCGAUUUCUUUCAUGUCCCAAGCCAUGGGCCUCAUGGCGGACUUGGAUCUCGGAACAGAACAUUUACGAUGGAUGGGCGACACACGUUUUGUGUACGGGCUCCUUCGCGGGUUGGUCACUUUUAAGCCAUGUGCUGUUCAAUUUUCUUAUAAAGUAGCCGAAGAGGACAAGGACAAGAUGGCACAGGAAUGUUACGCGAGACGUGUAAAUGACAAGUCUGCGAGCCAACGUUCCAUUCCUACUGUGGAUGAUAGCUCCGAAUCGACGCUACCGCCUCUGACGGCUCAUGAUUCGGAUGAGGGAUGGAUCACAUUUGACAAACCACUUCUUUAUUUAUAUGCUGGCAAGGGACCCUUUGUUGGACGCGAUUUUAUGGCCUUUCCCGUCUCUUUACCAGAUGAUGGAUUGAUUGAUAUAGUUGCCCAGACCUUGUCCUCACGAGGCGAAGUUAUCCACGAUCUCGCUGAAGGGCCAAAGGGUGGUCACUUCUGGAAAGACAGCUUGCACUACAUCAAGGCGCAUGCCUAUAGAAUGAAGCCGCUCUCACCUAAAGGGUCUUUGUCUGUCGACGGGGAGAUAUUCCCAUUCGAGGCCUUUGAAGUAGAGGUACAUCAGAAGCUUGCGACGCUACUGAGCCCCCAUGGGUACUAUGCUGCUGAUUUCCACCCUCGGGAAAGUAAAUCUACUUAAAUUUUGGGUAUCGUCAAUUUUACAUAACUAGGAUUUUAUGGUAAUACAACUUCUAACAAGUACUCGGAAGCACUUCCCACCAGUGUACAGGUGUAUUGAGCAGGGAACACCGACUUGACUUGCAGAACGUAUUAUGUCUUCAUUGGUUUAGGUGUAUUAGCCAUGGCGUUUGGAUCAACAUAACUGGGAAUCGACACAAAGCGUGUCGUCCCUCUCAGGAAACAAUUCAUUCGGCUGCUGUCGCUAUUGUGAAGAAGUAGUGAGAGUUGGUUGAGAAACCAAUGAUGAGGAAUCCUGUUCAUCGUGCAAGUUGUUGAUGCCAAAGCCCAAAUGUUUAAUGAGACAAUUUACACGGGUC